GGCUGGGUGUCGGUUGAUUUGUCAGAUUGUCAGUUAGUGUAUGAGUGCAAAAUGGCUACCAGUGAUGAUGAACCUAUGCAUCAUUUAUAUGAAGUUUUUACAACUUGUUUUAAUAAAGUAGCGAACAAAGCACCUGAAAAGGCUGGAUUUCAACCUCCAUAUGGAGGCUUAGAUAACGGAAUGGCUUACGCGUUAAACCCCGCCGGGCCAGUGUACACAGGGCCGGGUGCCAGCCCGACGCAAGCACCCGCCGAACCCUUUACGGCCGACAGUCCGUAUUUUCCUUUUAACACGCGACCCGGUAGCCGGUUAUCGCCGGCCAAAGCGAAAAUCGUAUCCGUCACAGGCCUGAGGACAGCCAAGGAGGAACCGACUGGUACGGCGACUACCUUGGACAGUCAAUGGGGAGUGUAUGGAUCCGACGAAUUCCAUGAAUCCCCCCGAUACACAUCACCCGGAGCAAAUCCAUAUUAUUUAGCGGCAGAUGGCACGCCGAAUCCAGGAGUGGGGGGCAACGCCCCCGUAGCACCGACCCCCGGAGGACCACCAGGUAGUAGCGAAUGGCCCUCUUCAUACACAUACCAAACCUACGAAGCCUUUGGCCUUAUACCAGAGACAGAACCGCCUGGGCAAGGCUUACCGCCGAUGUCGUCGUUAAGGCCUAACGGUACACCCACUGCCACUACCUUGGCCGGACCCAUCACACCCUUCGGACCAGCUAAUACAGAUACCGUUGUUAAUAAAGGACUGGGUGGUAUAUAUCCACCAGCAGAGCAAGCCAGUGCGAGUAGUUACAGUUCAGCACCUUCCACACCCGUCAGUUCCCCGCCACCCAUAACUCCUUCCGGAUGGUUAACAAAUCACAGUACACCACAUUCACCCCACUACACACAAGCCGUCAGUGUAAAUAAUACUGUUGCCCCUCAGGGAAUACACAUGGCUCCCGCACCUGAAGCACAGCGUCUAGAUGAUGCUAUCGGCUUUCUUAGAGAUCAUUCCGAAGCGACGGGUACCAGGAUGGAGGAGAGGCUAGACGACGCAAUAAAUGUCCUUAGGAAUCACGCGGAGCCCUUAGGUUUAGUUGGACAAAUACCUGCACAUCAAAUGGCACAACUCGGUUACGCCGCCCCUCCUUCCUCAGAACCCCAUCUUACUGAUAGUAUUAAAGUUGAAAGGCCCACAUACAACACCAAAAAACGUAAAGAGCCACCAGACACGGAUACAAAACCAUCCAGUUCAGUAGAAAGCUUAGUACAACCAAAUUCAACCAGUGGUGCUCCUGCAAAAUCGACAAAAAGGUCGAGGAGAUAUAAUACUGACGAAGAUGAAAUUGACGACCCCGGCAGCAAGGCCAUACGCGAGAAAGAGCGUAGACAGGCCAAUAAUGUUCGUGAGCGUUGUUCCAGUGCUGAUGAAACAGAGGAAGGUGAUUUAGAUCCAGAUAUUAAAGCGCAAAGGGAAAAAGAGAGGAGGCAGGCUAAUAAUGCGAGGGAAAGAAUAAGAAUCCGAGAUAUAAAUGAGGCUCUUAAAGAGUUAGGUAGGAUGUGCAUGGCACAUUUAAAAACGGACAAACCACAGACCAAACUCGGGAUUUUGAAUAUGGCUGUAGAGGUUAUUAUGACUCUGGAACAGCAAGUUCGAGGGGACAAUGUGAGUAAUGUCAAUACUGUGAAUGGUUUGAUGAUUUCAGAGCGGAAUCUUAAUCCAAAAGCAGCUUGUUUAAAAAGGCGGGAGGAAGAAAAAGCCGAAGACGGACCUAAAUUAGGUCCUGGACCUCAUCAUAUGCUCUCUGGGCCACACUACCCCACAUUACCUGGGGCGCCAACGAAUUUGCCUCACAAUCCAGGUCAGCCACAAUAGCAUUGAUAGUAUAUGCGCUAUCUUGUACAUACACUCUCGUACAAAAACGGCAUCAUCAUAUUCAUCUUCAUAUAAACGAUUAUCUAUUUUUUUAAGAAUAUUAAGUAGUGAUACAGUACAUUAAAUUUUUACUUCUU